ACAGCCCAAUACACACACACAACGAGCACCUGCCAUCUCUUUUCCUCUUCGUACACGCACUUUUUGCACUUGAGCUAUAUCAGAAGGCUGUGUGUGUGUGUGUGUGUGGAUGGAGUGGUGACAGAGUUUCUGAACCCGGUGUAAAAGGCUAAUUCUCGGGGCUGUGGUCUGAUGAAACGGUUUUUUUUGACGGCAGGAAAACUUUGGUAACUCGUAGCUACUAAAGAACCCCUGGGCAGCCUCCGUCAGAUGGACAGAAAGACGCCGCGGCUGCUCGUUUCUCGCCGCUGUGUGUGUGCGGGGAUUCACGGAUAGCUUCGUCCGACACUGCGGAAUGUAACGAGCAGCGCGAGCGCCUCAGCCGCCGGAGUUACCUGUAGUGAAGUCUCGGAAGGUUAACUCUGCUGUCAUUUCCAUGGAGACGACCCGGGCCCUCCUCCCACUCCUCCUCCUCUUACUGAGUGUGUGUGCGCACAGUUGUCAUGGCAACCUCCGCCCGACCCCCAGAGUGUAUCUGUCUUACAAAGAGCUGCUGGAAACGAGGACCAUCCGGCCAUUCAGCUUCUCUUUCAAUACCAGCGACUACCGAAUCCUCCACAUGGACCAGGACCAGGGCCGCCUUUACCUGGGCAGCUGUGAAUAUAUAGUCUCUCUGGACAUGCAGAACAUCAACAAGGAGCCACUUAUUAUCCACUGGCCUGCUACUGUCCAAAGAAAAGCGGAGUGCAAGAUGGCAGGAAAAGGAGGACAAGGAGAGUGUGCAAACUUUGUGCGCCUGAUUGAGCCAUGGAACAGGACUCAUCUGUACACAUGUGGCACUGGAGCUUACAAGCCCAUCUGUACCUUUGUCAACAGAGGCUGGAAGGCUGAGGAAUACCUCUUCCGACUGGUGCCUGGCCACGUGGACUCUGGGAAGGGAAAAUGCCCCUAUGAUCCACGCCAAGAAAAUGCUGCCGCUCUAAUCAAUGGGAACCUGUAUGCUGGAGUGCAUGUAGACUUCAUGGGCACAGACCCAGCCAUAUUCAGGACUCUAGGAGACAGACCUGCUGUCAGGACAGAGCAGUAUGACUCACGGUGGCUUAAUGAUCCAGUGUUUGUAAAAAUUCAGAAAAUUCCAGAUAGUACAGAGAAGAAUGAUGACAAGCUGUAUUUUUUCUUUCGGGAAAAGAGUUUGGAUGCAGCAGGGGGCAGCACCCCCAGUGUAUUGGCCCGAGUGGGCAGAGUUUGUCUGAAUGAUGAUGGGGGUCAAAGGUCGCUGGUAAAUAAGUGGACAACUUUCCUGAAGGCACGUCUGGUCUGUUCUGUAAUUGGGACGGAUGGAGUCGAGACAUAUUUUGAUGAACUAAGGGACGUCUUCAUUCAUCGGACUCAUGAUGAACGCAAUCCCAUGGUGUAUGCUCUGUUCUCCACUGCUGGGUCUGUGUUUAAAGGUUCGGCAGUAUGUGUGUACUCCAUGUCUGACAUCAGAAAUGUCUUUAAUGGACCCUUUUCUCAUAAACAUGGACACAAUUACCAGUGGACACCUUACACUGGAAAAAUUCCUUACCCACGCCCCGGGACAUGCCCUGGAGGAACAUUUACUCCCGGAGUCCACAGCACCAAAUCCUUCUCUGACGAAGCUGUCAACUUUGUGCGUGCUCAUCCUCUUAUGUACCAUCCCAUAUACCCUACACACAAGCGCCCCCUGGUGGUGCGGACAGGCGUGGACUACCGCUUCACCACCAUCGCUGUGGACAUGGUGGAUGCUGUGGAUGGGAGAUAUGAGGUGCUCUUUCUGGGAACAGACAGAGGAACAGUCCAAAAGGUGAUUGUACUUCCGAAAGAUACGAGCACGACAGAAGAGCUCAUUCUUGAAGAGGUGGAAGUUUUUAAGACACCGGCACCAGUGAAAACUCUGAAAAUUUCCUCUAAAAGGCAACAGCUGUAUGUGUCAUCGGCACGAGGACUUACCCAGGUAUCUUUGCACCGGUGUCCUGCUUAUGGUAAAGCCUGCUCAGACUGUUGCCUGGCCAGAGACCCCUACUGUGCCUGGGAUGGAGAGAGUUGCUCUGCUUUCACCCCCGCCACCAAGAGGAGAAGCAGGAGACAGGAUAUCAAACAUGGCGACCCGUUACGUCAGUGCAGGGGCUUCAACUCGAAAGUAGAGAAGCGUCUAAGGGAGACGGUGCAGUUUGGGGUGGAGGGCAGCAGUGCAUUUUUGGAGUGCCAGCCCAGGUCUCCUCAGGCUACUGUGAAGUGGUUCUGUCAGAAAAAUGGCAAGCGUAAAGCGCUCAAUCGUGAUAAAGAUGUCCUGAAGACGGCUCAUGGCAUCCUGCUGAAAUCCCUUAGCCAAUCAGACGCCGGCCUGUACCACUGCCUGGCCACAGAGAACAACUUCAAGCACACAGUGGCCCGUGUAGCUCUGCGCAUCCUUGACCGUGAGAUUGUGGAGGCCCUGACAGCUCCGGACGGCCCCUCAGAUCCCGAGCGCCAUCACCAGCACGACAAGCAGCACCACCCACCUCCUCCUCCACCCCCACCUCAAACCCUGCCCCCACCUGCCCAGAUACACCCACACCCCGAGGUGACGCUCAUCAACCAGUACUGCCAGUCCUACUGGAAGCAGCCUCACAAGCCCAAGCGCACGAGCCGCAGGCAUACGGAGAAACAAGAGUCCGAGGAGCUGCAGGUGCAGUGAUCAUGUUGAGUGAAAAUUCUCACAAAGCCACUUUUUUUGGUUGUGUUCUGUGCAUUGUAUGAGCAGGCAGAAUCACUAAAAACUGUUUAUAAGCUUCAUGUCAUGUUCAUCUCCUGGGGCCAUGCACAAGGUCAAAACCGAUAGACGUAUUUUACAAAUUGGGAAUUUUACCCUGCAUGUUGGAUAUUGGGUAAGACGCAUGGUGCUGUACCUUCAGCUCGGCUUGUCUAAAGUUACAUGUCUACAAGUUUGCAGUGCAGUGCGUUUUGGAAUAAUUUGCAUACACUGAGCUAGCAGUUUAGCAGGUAGGCUAUACCUAGAUUAUACAUUGUACCGACACACUGAUUUAUUACUGGUUUCAUUGAUUAUCAGUCACAUCUGCCUGUAGUAAGUGUAUAAGUUCAAAAACACCACACACACACAGAAAACUGAUUCACACCAGCAUUAAGUAUAUAAAGAUUCGUCUGUUUUGUUUACCAGUGACAAUUAAAAGAAAAAUCAGUGUUCCAUCAUAAACAUUGCAGUUGUGUAACUCUGCUGCUUUGCAGUGCUUGUAUUUAAAGCUUGUUGUGUUGCGUCAGACGAUUGUGAGUCCUAAGUGUGUGAAAAAUGCUGUGCAGGACUUCCAUAUGAUUCCACCCUGUUUCACGGCACAGCCGUCUGCCGAUUCAUCAAAAAGCAGCCUUUUGGUCCUGGAUUGGGAUGUAAUUAUGACAUGCAUUACGCUGACCAAUAUUUAUGUUCUCAAGACCAAGGGGGAUUUAUAAACAGGAUGUGUAAAGGUAAAUAUGUUGCGUUCCUUUUCAGUCUUUGGUAGCAAGUAUUCUUGAGCUCGUCUGCAUCAGACAAAUCACAGCUGCAAAUUUUGAACUCAAGUGUCAUGAUUUGUUUAUAUAUUCGAUUUAAUCGCAAACAGUGUUUAUAACCAUUUUCGCAAGAGCUAAAAUCCUAAGUGGCAUUAUCACCAAGUAACUCAAAGUAAAUAUUACUCGAAAGGCUAACUAGUGAAAAAAAGACAUAAAAGAAAACGACUAGGAUUUGGAGGUGGUUGUAGGUUCGCCGUUUUGAACAGGAAGGAUGGGAUACGUUCCAGCAAGAUAGAUGUAUGGACCAAAAUCUGCUCCAGCCUCCUGUCAUAGUAAGAGGGAUUUGGAAGAAAAUAUAAAUACUGUAGAGAAAGCUGUGAAUGCUUAAAAAAAAUGAAGCACUAGUUCACACACAAAAAAAAAGAAAGAAAAAGAAUGUUAUGAAUGAGUCAAAUAGACUUUUAUGGCUGUGGUACUUUUUUUUGCAUAUGAAUACAAGCACAUGAUUCAAGGGGAAUAGAACAGUCUACUUGUUUCUGUCGUAUGAAACAAAGUCUUGGACUGGGAAAGUAAUGUGGGACAACUAUGUAAGGUAUUUUCCUUGCAUAAUCAGGCCAUAUUUUGGUGGGAAUUUCUGUAACUUAUUAUUGUUGCAUCUUCCAGAUAAGACACGCCGUAUUUGAACUUUGUAACAUAAAAAUAGUAGUUCCGUAACUUUUGCACCUUUUGCAUAUCAGUGGUAGAUGUUUUCUGUGGUCAGCUGUGGUCUUGUGCUUGUGUAUAAAGGCAGCCCUCGUGCUUGGCUACGUGUAUGAUUAUUACACAUGUACAUAGAAGUGAUAGGUAUUUGAGUGUUGGUUAAGGUUUAACUCUAACCUCUCUCUCUCCACACAACAUAUUUAUUUUAAGAAUGUACAUAUUCAUGGCCGUCGUCCUCUUUGGUGGUGGAAUAUGACUGCGGAGAGCAGAUUUUAUUGUGUGUACUCACUAACAGGACCAGAAUAUACAGGCUUGCAAAGAUGCUUGUCGCAAAAAGGUGCAAGGUUUCUUUUUCUUUCUGCAGUUGUGACAAUAACUGGUGGUAUAGUCUGUUCCACUAGCAUGUUUUUUUUUUGGCACUAUGAUGAAUUCAGCGUGAGAAAGAUUUAGAUAAAGUUUAAAUGCAGUUCAAACUGACAAAUAAGUGGGAAAAUGUAAAAUGUAAACUUGUCAAUUGACUGGAAGAAAUAAAAUAACAUUAUUGAAAUUCAUUUUAUAUGAAAAGAUUAUGGACAUGGACAAAAUUCAAAACGCCUCAUCAGUUAUAUAUAUGCUGGAAAGCACAGACAUGUCUGGGGGCUAGCACAAAAGUCCAAGCCGUAAUAGUUUCCAGUCAUUUAAAUGUUAUUAUAGUGAAAGAUAUGGGCUUUUCGAGGAAAUGUGGGAUGCAACACAGAUGAUGUUUGUUUUUCUGUAUCUUUGCUCAAGUGGCUGCAUAUUACAAUAAUUCUCUUAUGUAUUCACUGUGUUUUUAUUAGCUUAAGUUAACGUGGUCAUUUGUAAUAAAUAAUAUUUUAUUAUGAUGAUAUUGUGAGGUUGGAAAUACUUAUAGAUGUUUUAUAAUCAUAACAAUAAACUGCUGUAUUUGUUCUUAUUUAA